UUAAAUAAAUGAGAUAGACGACCGAGGAGCUUUUCGUCAUUUGAUAACCCCUCUCUCUCAUCUCGUCGAUGCCCUGAAAAUCUCCAGAUCUCAGGAAUCUCUGCCUCUCUUUGAAUCAAAACCCUAAAUUUUGAUGAACAAUCGAGGAAGGUAUCCGCCUGGGAUCGGCGACGGCGGAGGCCGAGGGGCGGGCGUUGGAAACCCUAACCCUAGUUAUUAUGGUAGGAUUCCUCCUCAGCAGCAGCAGCAGCAGCAGCAGCAGCAGUAUGUACAGAGGAAUUUGAUGCAGUAUCAGCAGCAGCAGAAUCAGCAACAGCAGCAGCAAUGGCUGAGGAGGAAUCAGAUUGGGAGUGAUUCUGGUGGCAGUGAAUCGAAUCGAGCAGUUCAGUCUGCUAGUAUUGAUACUAGCUCUCCUGAUUGGAAAUCACAAUUGAAGAUACCACCACCUGAUACACGUUACAGGACUGAGGAUGUUACUGCAACUAAAGGAAAUGAAUUUGAAGAUUACUUUCUUAAGAGGGAAUUACUUAUGGGAAUAUAUGAGAAGGGAUUUGAAAGACCUUCACCAAUUCAGGAGGAAAGCAUUCCAAUUGCACUAACUGGCAGUGAUAUUCUAGCUAGAGCUAAAAAUGGGACUGGGAAAACAGCUGCAUUUUGUAUCCCUGCACUGGAAAAGAUUGAUCAAGACAAAAAUGUUAUUCAAGUUGUUAUAUUGGUUCCUACACGAGAAUUAGCUCUCCAAACAUCACAAGUUUGUAAGGAGCUUGGGAAACAUUUGAAGAUUCAGGUUAUGGCCACUACGGGUGGAACCAGCUUGAAAGACGACAUCAUGCGUCUGUACCAACCAGUCCAUUUACUUGUAGGAACACCAGGUCGCAUACUUGAUCUUACUAAAAAAGGUGUUUGUGUCCUGAAGGAUUGCUCAAUGCUCAUAAUGGAUGAGGCUGACAAACUUCUCUCUCAUGAGUUUCAACCUUCAAUAGAGCAGUUGAUACAUUUUCUCCCCUCAAAUCGGCAGAUAUUGUUGUUUUCAGCCACGUUUCCAGUCACUGUUAAGGAUUUCAAGGACAGAUACCUGCCUAAACCCUACAUAAUUAAUCUUAUGGAUGAACUUACACUAAAGGGAAUUACACAGUAUUAUGCCUUUGUGGAAGAAAGACAGAAAGUUCAUUGUUUGAAUACCCUUUUCUCAAAGCUUCAAAUAAACCAGUCUAUCAUAUUUUGCAACUCCGUUAACCGAGUAGAGCUAUUGGCGAAGAAAAUCACAGAGCUUGGAUAUUCCUGCUUUUACAUUCAUGCAAAGAUGUUGCAGGAUCAUCGCAAUAGAGUUUUCCAUGAUUUUAGGAAUGGUGCAUGUAGGAAUCUUGUUUGCACAGAUUUGUUUACUAGGGGUAUUGAUAUCCAGGCUGUAAAUGUCGUGAUCAACUUUGAUUUCCCUAAGAAUUCGGAAACAUAUCUACACAGGGUUGGUCGUUCUGGAAGGUAUGGUCACCUAGGUUUGGCAGUGAAUUUGAUAACCUACGAGGAUCGAUUCAACCUGUAUAGGAUCGAGCAAGAAUUGGGAACCGAGAUAAAGCAGAUUCCUCCACAGAUUGACCAGGCUAUUUAUUGCAGAUAAUCUGUGUCUGCCACGUGAAUCAAUGGUUUUGGGGAAUUAAAUUGCUUGACUUCAUGACCUUUGUAUAUAUGGACUUGAAGGCUCAUUUAUUGCCUCCCAAGUUCUCUGAUGUGCAUCUGAUGCAGCAAAUAGCCUAACUUUUGAGUAUGGGUUCCACACUUCUAGAGGAGCUGAAUGUUAUUUGUAUGUCCUUUCAGGCCUUUGCUGAUAGUUUUUUUCAUACCACUAGAGAUAUUCUUAAUCAGCGACUAAACAAUUGUGCCAAAGCUUAGUUAAUUUCUUUUAGUGGAUGUGGUCUCUUCCCCCCCACAGUAUUACCAGUGUUGUUUUACUAUCAUUCCCGUUGAAUGAGGUGUUUUAUUGAUAGAUUCUCCAUGUUCCAUUGUUGGAAAGCAAAUAUUAAGAGUAGAUGUUCCAGGAUUUGUACUUUAGUUUUAUAGGAGUUAAUUUGUGGACAUGUUUUUAUUUGUUCCUAGCAUGUAGACCAUCCUCUUUCAACUUUGCUAUCCAAUGAACGUCUAAGACUGUUGAAUUGUUUAUGA